AUGAACUCUAAUGGCUUAUUCUUCCCUUGGCAUCUCUUCCUAAGGCUGCUUCUCUCCUCAUCUCUCAGAGGAAUCAUAGGAGAAGAAAUGAUGGCAACUACUGACCAGAGGAAGUUCAAGUCUCCCGGUCGUGUGAAAUUUGGGGAUGUGGCAAUAUAUCUCUCGAAGGAGGAAUGGGAACUAAUGGACUCCACUCAGAAGAGACUCUACAGGCAGGAGAUGCUGGAGAAUUACAAGAAUGUUGUCUCAGUGGGAACUCCUCAUAAAAAGCCAGCAAUGAUUGUGCAUCUGGAACAAGAGGAAAUGGCAUGGAGCCCAGCUCUGCAGAGACCUCGGAAGAAAAAGAAAAAGAAAAAAAAGCAAAAGCGCUGCCGUCACAGCUUGGCCUUCAAGAGACAGUGGAAGAUAGAAGGACAUGGUGUGCUAUGAUCCAUGAGGUCAUGAAGAGUCAGAUGUUGAACAACUGAAUAUAUGUGCAUUUUCAUCCAUGAGGAACAGCAAAAGAACAUGGAGAACUCCACUUGAAUAAUUCACAAGCAAAUUUCAGAUCUUCUUGAAGUCUUUUUGGCCAGAAAUCAGCUUUGUUUAGUGGGGAAUACAGAUAAAAUGACUGAGGAAAUGCAUCUGGCAAGAAAACAGAAACCUUUCCAUUGUGAAAGGGGCAGCUUUGCAGCCGGCAUUCCAAUAGCCAGCAGCCUUCAUCCUGAAACCUGUG